UCGAAGAAAGCGGCAGCGAAUGUCUGGUCAGUGCGUUAUGACCACGAAACUGACAUUUUCACAUGCAUCUUCAGAUCAGGCUGAAUAUCAAGCGUCGCUUGUUGAGCAGUGACAGCGGGUACAACUUUUGGGCGAGCGGCCCCUCACACAACCCAGCCGGCGAACAGGCGGCAGGAUGGCAACAAUGAGGACAACUCCGACGCAGUUAACACCGAUGUGGCGCAUGUGGUCUGGCUCGAAAUAAGUAUGAAGUAAUUGGAUGUAUAUCGUGAUUUAUAUUUGGCGCGCUACGGAACAACAUUGCGGCGUCGUCCGGCUUGUGCCGCAGUGGAGCAUCCGUUCCAUCUCCUUCAAGGUGGAAGGCAAUGAAGCUCAAGUGCGAGCUGCAGACGGUGUACCGGUCGGGCGCGGGCACGACGCAGCCGUCGCGCAAAUCUCAGGGCUUGCUGGUGCUGUCGGGCCGGGCGCCCGAGCUGCUCGUGACCGCCUACACGCCGCGCAACACGCGCGGCCUGCGCUACCGCGUGGCCAGCCUGGCGCGCGUGUUCACGCGCCACGCGGCCGCCGGCAAAACGAGCCUGAGCUUCUCGCAGCCGGCGCACGACCUGUUGGUGAGCGGGGACCCGGUGCAGGUGCGCGCUUUCCUGCAGCAGCUGAGCGGGCUGCGGCUGCGGCGCGUGGAGGAACGUCUGCUGCGGCUGACCCAGCUGCGCGCGCUCGACCUCAGCGGCAACCGGCUGACGCGGGUGCCGGCCAUCGACCGCCGGCUGCCCCAGCUCUGCGAGCUCCGGCUGGCCGGCAACCUGCUGGAGCAGCUGACGCCACUGGCCGAGCGGCCGGCCCGCUCCCAGCUGGCCUAUCUUGACGUCAGCGGCAAUCGGCUGACAGCGCUGCCCGAGUCGCUCGCCUUCCUGACGCAGUUGCACUUUCUGAACGCGGCCGACAACAGGCUGGCAGCGCUGCCCGACUGUCUGCCUAGUCUGGCUCGCCUGCGCGUCAUCAACGUGGCCAACAACCAGCUCAUGUGGCUGCCCGCGCAGCUGGAGCGCAUGGACCUCAUGGAGCUGGACACGCACGGGAACGCGGGCGAGGCGGAGGGAGAGCGUCCAUCCCCAGGCGGCGCGCCGUCGCUCCUGCACCUGGCCGCCAGCGCGGUAGCGCUACACCUCGGCGGUCGGCAGCUCAGCACUGCCGAGCUACCGCUCUGCGUACUCGAGCUUAUCACGCAGCACCAGAGAUGUCGCCAGUGUGGCCGGCCGUGCUUCGCCGGCGCUGGCGGUGCGGCGGCGGCGCUGAGGCCAGGACCUCUGCGGCACGCGCGCGCGGCCCUGGUGCACCCCACCGGACGGCCGCUGCCGUUGCGAGAGUACACGUGCUUUCGCUGUGAGAGCCUACGGGGCUCUGCAGCCGGCCGGCGCGUCCGGUGACCGGCGAGAUCUCGCGGCCAGGUGGGGCCGAAACGGGGCUCGGGCAUCGCGGCUUAUUGAUGUAAUGGUGUGACUAUGUUGUGUGAAGAUUCUGGAAUAAAGAAGUCUGGUCUCUCUUAACGUUGUGCAAAAUCAGUUGGUUGUCGGCUGUUGGUUUGUGAUGUAGGCAUGAAGGUCCUUUGACGCCUCGUUAUCUGUCACGAGUCGGUGCAGCGGAGGGCCGCCACGUAGGGGAUUUUCGCACUUCUCAGCCGUAAACCAUUAAACUGCCUCUUACAUGCGCAGGGGUGUUCGCAUGGCUCCAAAGCAUUUUGAUCAGCUCUGUCUGCCGUAUCGACGGCGUGAUGCUAUGCCUUCAGACUCUUGGACCGGAGGGUGACGCAUGGGUGGUAUCAUGUCUCGUAGUGUGGGGAUA